GGCCGGGCCACGGCGCUGGCGGCUCCGAGGUUUUAGUGCGACUCCUGCCCGUGGCCCCGCUGCCAUGAGCACCAAGCAGGUCACCUGCAGGUAUUUUAUGCAUGGUGUAUGUCGAGAAGGCAGCCAGUGCCUAUUCUCACAUGACUUGGCGAACAGCAAGCCGUCCACCAUCUGCAAAUACUACCAGAAGGGCUACUGCGCCUAUGGUGCACGCUGCAGAUAUGAUCAUACAAAGCCCCCAGCUGCAGCAGGUGGAGCUGUGGGCCCUGCACCCAACCCUUCGCCCUCCUCAGGCCUGCAUAGUCCUCACCCUUCUCCCGACAUUGCCACAUCUGUUAUGAGGACACAAUCGAAUGAACCUGGAAAGAGGGAGAAGAAGACGCUGGUGCUCAGAGACCGCAAUCUUACUGGUCUGGCUGAAGAUAAGACUCCUCCAAGCAAAGUGAAUAAUCCAGGUGGCUACAGUGACCCUCAGACCAGUCCAGAGAUGAAGCCCCAUUCCUACCUAGAUGCCAUCAGGACUGGCCUAGAUGACUUGGAGGCCAGCAGCUCCUACAGCAAUGAGCCACAGUUGUGCCCCUAUGCUGCCGCUGGGGAGUGCCGCUUUGGAGAUGCCUGUGUCUACCUGCAUGGGGACAUGUGUGAGAUCUGCAGGCUUCACGUCCUCCACCCUUUUGACCCAGAACAAAGGAAAGCUCAUGAGAAGAUGUGUAUGUCGACAUUUGAACAUGAGAUGGAAAAGGCUUUUGCCUUCCAGGCGAGCCAGGACAAAGUGUGCAGCAUCUGUAUGGAGGUGAUCCUGGAGAAAGCAUCUGCCUCUGAAAGGAGGUUUGGCAUCCUCUCCAACUGCAGCCACACCUACUGCCUGUCCUGCAUCCGUCAGUGGAGAUGUGCCAAGCAGUUUGAAAACCCAAUCAUAAAGUCUUGUCCAGAGUGCCGUGUGAUAUCAGAGUUUGUAAUUCCAAGUGUGUAUUGGGUAGAAGAUCAAAAUAAAAAGAAUGAAUUAAUUGAAGCUUUCAAACAGGGAAUGGGGAAAAAGGCAUGCAAAUACUUUGAACAAGGCAAGGGGACCUGCCCCUUUGGAAGCAAGUGCCUUUACCGCCAUGCUUACCCUGAUGGGCGGCUGGCAGAGCCAGAGAAACCUCGGAAGCAGCUAAGCUCUGAAGGCACUGUGAGGUUCUUUAACUCAGUUCGACUUUGGGAUUUUAUCGAGAAUCGAGAAACCCGGCAAGUCCCCAGCACUGAAGAUGUGGAUGUGACAGAGCUGGGAGACCUCUUCAUGCACCUUUCUGGAGUAGAAUCAUCAGAACCCUAGUCAGUGCUGAUGCCUUCAUUUAGCUCUGCAGUCAACUUCCCAAGGCAUGGAGCGGACGCAUCUGUCACCGACCCGAGGUGACAUGGUACGGGGAUGUGAAUGCAGUAGUGAGUCCCCCUGGUGAAGGGGAGAUCACCAAGUCCAUGGAAUCACUACAUUUAGAGUUGAACUCUUAGUUGUACCUCCAGGCCCUUUAUCAGGGACCAGCUAUGUGGUCCAACUGUUUUAAUUGAUUGCUUUUAAAUGAAACCUGACUGCCAUCUCUCUUUUGUGACUUUCUUCCUUAAGCAACAGUAAACUUGCAGC